AUGUCUCGGACAAAACCCAUUGUGAUUGGACUCUAUGGCGUCCCUGGAGCUGGAAAAUCGACCCUGCUGCGGAAUCUGAAGAGCAAGCUGGUCGAUACACAGUUCUCCUUCUUUGACGGAUCCGCCGUGAUCGCCUCACUUGUCCCUGGAGGCCUCGAUAACUUUCAGCGCGCCACUGAAGAGGAAAAGACACGAUGGCGCCAGGUUGCUAUCGAGGCAAUCGGAAAGGAAAGUGCCGAAAGUGGGCGGACUGCCAUUGUCGCCGGCCACUUUAUGUUCUGGCCCGAAGGGGACGGGAUCGGGCACACAGUGCACACGCAGAGCGACUUGGACACGUACACACACAUCAUCUACCUCAACACCCUUCCGGAGACGGUGGCAAGAUGGCGCGAGCUGGACGACUCACGGGCACGGGAGCCCGCCUCCGUUCAGCACCUGCACACUUGGCAGGAGGCUGAAAAGAUGGAGCUGCGCCGUCUCUGUCGCAACCACGGAAUCCUGUUUACGUCGGUGGCCUACCCAACUGAGGACAUUGAUGCGGUUGCGGCGAUGAUGUUAGACUUCCGCCAGCACACCGAAGAGCACAACCUUGCCUGCGCCAAAGACCGCCUUGACAGUCUCCUUGAUGCUCAUCAACAGCAGCACGCCGAGCUGCAGACGGCACUGGUCCUGGAUGCCGACAAGACUUUGGCGCCCGAUGACACAGGGCUCCUGUUCUGGGAAGCCAUCGCCGAAUCUACUUCUCGCCUGGCUUUCUCGACCGCAGAUGCUGGCUCUUUGAGUGCUUUGUUCGGCAGUCCGCUUGGAUACACCUACACGGCCUUUCGCCAGGCAAUGCUUCUUUACGAAGAGCAUACUUCCCGAGACGAGUUCAACGCUAUUUGCGAGACUAUCGCAUCGUCUGUGACGCUGCACCCGGAAAUGCUGUCCCUCCUGAAGCAUGCAGCGAAGCAUCGUCAUAUUGUGGCAGUGGUGGUGACAUGUGGAUUGCGCCUCGUUUGGGAAAUGGUGUUGGCCAAGGUGGGACUGUCCGAGGCCGUUCAGGUGGUCGGCGGCGGCCGCAUUCCGGAUGGCUUUGUCAUGACGGCCGAGGUUAAAGGAGCGUUGGUUGCCCGGAUGCGUGACGUCCAUGGACUGUAUACCUGGGCUGUUGGAGACAGCCCGCUGGAUCUUCCGAUGAUGCAUGAAGCCCACCAGGCUCUUGUUGUGGUGGGAGACGAGUGUUCACGGAGUAGAUCAAUGGAUGAGCGCCUGCAGAACGCUAUCGACGAGCGUGGUCUCCGAGCUUCCCAGGUGCUGUUGCCGCGCGAUGCACCACCGCGGUUGGACACAACCAGGCUUCCGCAGGUGCGACUCACAGAUGGGGAGCUCCUCGAAGCGCUGGUUCGCCACCGUGGCGCCAAGGACCGCAUCCGUCACGCCACAGACCAGAAGGCGACGAAGCUUCUUAUGACACCGACUCGAGACGUGAGAGUGUCUGGUCCCGGUCUGCGGAGGGUCCAUAGGCGGGUCGGAUGGUACCUGGCAACAUCGUUUCUAGCCGAUCUCGUUGGCUUAGAACAGUACGAUAUUCCGCACGUGCAAGGCCACGGUACGGAGGGGCAUCGCGUCCGGCACGAGAAUAAGACGACCAUAGUCGCGUUGAUGCGUGGCGGGGAGCCCAUGGCCGAGGGAGUGAAUGACGCGUUGCCCUGCGCCAUGUUUGUUCACGCGAAGCAGCCGGACGAGCUGAGACCUCAGCACAUCAAGGGGCAGCGAACAGUCGUGCUGGUGGACUCGGUGGUGAAUAGCGGGAAGUCGAUAGUGGAAUUCGUGCAGCGGAUCCGCAGCCUCGACGCGACCAUCGCCAUUGUGGCGAUUGCUGGCGUCGUCCAGUCACAGUCGAUCGCGCCUGAGGGGCUACUGGGCCGAAUCCUCGAGACGGACAGGGCCCUGAGCAUGGUUGCAUUGCGCCUUUCGGAGAAUCGGUUCCAGGGCCGAGGAGGCACUGAUACUGGCAAUCGGUUAUUCAACACGACUCAUCUCGAUUAGUGAGGCUGUGAUUGGCAUAGCGAAAGAGAUGACUAGGGUCUGGCGGGGGUCGGUGGCAUCUCUUAGUUUGGAUAGUAGUGCCGGGUGCCGCACUCGCCUGUUGACCUGGGUGUUCGUUUGUUAGGGGGGACGCCCAGGUGGCGAGAUUGGG